AUGGAGAAGACGGCAGUGCCUCGUGGAAAGCGUCCUCGCGUUCAGGUUUCCUUGGACGACAAGGAACGAGCCAUUGCCCGCAUACGUAACGGCGAGACUAAGGCCGGCAUUUCCCGGGAGCUGGGCGUACCCGAGUCCACAGUUCGUGGCUGGGUCAAGCGCGCAGAGCAGCGUCUGGCUCGCGAAGCCGCCGAUCAGCAAGGUAGGUGAAGGGGCGGGGGAUGGAAAACAUUGCAUUCCAAUUGUGAAAUAUGACAUCUUAUUCAAGCAGGGCCCAAGCAAAGUGCUUCGGCAUUGCAGGCCAGCUCCAGCACCCCGUUAGCCUUGCAGUCCCUAAAGCUGCCACAGAAGCGUGACUUUAACGGAAACAUGCGCCCAUCUGUGACCAUGCUGAUGUCCUCGGCUGCGCAUGCGUUGCCUCAGCCCUUGUCAUUUCCAAUGCAGGUCUUCAAUCAGGCCGCAGAGAGCCAGCUACAGGUCCUUGGAUGGCUCCACAUUUUCAAUGCAGGCAUUCUUAACUUUACGCUAAUUACCACCGCUGCCUUGAUGCAGGCUAACGCCCGCGGCAUUAGUGAACGCGUGCCGCUCUGGCAGAUCAUAGGCGAUUUUGUGGAGGAGGCCGGACGCAUUGCAGCCGCCAAUGGAAAUCAAUAUACGGCUCCCCCUUUACCACAAAGUCCGCGUGCUGUGCGCCCGCUUGCACAGGCGCGUCCCAGCUUUGUGGCGCCCCGGGUCCACAUCACCGCCGAGGACGAUGACGAGGAAGAGCAACAGCAGUCCAUUGUGGAGGCUUAG